ACACUGACAUCCAAUAUCGUUUCUCCACACGAAUACAACAGAGUCUUGUCAUUCAUGCGUUGAUUUGUUUUAUUUUGCAUUACAGGCUGCCGUAAAAGGGAUAAAAGCUUUGCGUUUUUACUUACAAAGUGCUGUUUUUUCACAGCGGAUCCCUUUUCCAGCGGAGACGGUGCGGUUGUCCGGCGGUGGUCUCUUUAACGGGAUUCACACCAGCUGUAUUCAGUACUGUAUUUGAGAAAUGAGCCCUGCACAACUGUACAUUGAAGAAUUUUAAAGGAAUGAACCGCAUUCUCGGGAAAAUCAUGGAAAAAUAAGAGUGAAUUACAUUUUGUUCAGGUGUGGUGUCGGCGGGCGUGAGACAGGAUGCCGCUGGUGAAACGCAGCAUCGAGCCGCGUCACCUGUGUCACACGGCUCUGCCGCACAGCAUUAAAAAUGAACUGGAGUGUGUGACAAACAUCUCGCUCGCCAACGUCAUCCGACAGCUCAGCAGUCUCAGUAAAUAUGCAGAGGAUGUAUUUGGAGAGCUCUUUAAUGAAGCACAUUCCUUUUCCUUCCGAGUGAACGCGCUCCAAGAAAGAGUCGACCGCCUGUCAAUCAGUGUCACUCAACUCGAUCCGAAGGAAGAGGAACUGUCUCUUCAGGAUAUCACGAUGAGAAAAGCUUUCCGCAGCUCCACCAUUCAAGAUCAGCAACUGUUUGAGCGUCAGUCUCUGCCAAUCCCGAUGCAGGAGACAUAUGAGUUAUGCGAGGAGCCUCCGCCCCUCAAUAUUCUCACACCCUAUAGGGAUGACGGGAAGGAGGGUUUGAAGUUUUACACCAACCCGUCGUAUUUCUUUGACCUGUGGAGAGAGACGAUGCUGCAGGACACAGAAGACAAGAGAAAAGAGAGGAGGAAGCAGAAGUUGCAGGAUCUUCACAUGUAUGAUCAGGUCUAUAAAUAUUUAGACCUUCCAGUGCAGAAGAACAUCGACCGACCUCACGACCUGGAGAAAAUCCCACGUGCUCCUCACGAUCGUAAGAAAGAGUGGCAGAAGAUGGCGUUAGGGGCGGAGCUCGCGGAUGAAGAUGCAGAAGACAAACACAAAGACACAAACGGUUCGGCCAUGUACAACGAUGCCAGGCAGAUGUAUAUCGAUCAACUAGACGGGCCGUUCUCUCUGGCUGCUUUACCGUACUCACAGAUGAACGAACUCCUGAACCGGACAGGAGACAGGACGUACGGUCGACCGCACGAUCCACCACCACCGCCACCUACAUACCCACCAGAUUUUAAACCAGCCUCUGUUCUCAGUUCCAGCUCAGGUUUCUCCGACAGCCUCCAGCAGUCUCCGGCUCGCACGCCCGUCUUCCUCAAUUCAAAUGCCCCGCCUCCGGCUCCUCCGCCUUUACCCCCGCCUCCUCCUCCUCUCCCGGCCACCGCCGGCCAAUCAAGUUCCCGAAUGCGAGGUGCGGCCCAGCUCCCCGUCCAUCCCCUUCCGUCUCAGCAGCCUCUGGCUAUCCCCCCUGCUCCGGCCCCCCUCCAGAUCGCUCCCGGAGUCUUACACCCUGCUCCCCCUCCGGUGGCCCCGCCCCUUCAUUCAUCGCCUGCCCGCAUACAACAAGACAAGGCCGCGCCCACUGCCGGAGAUGGAGCCGUCUUGCCGCCGCCCCCUCCUCCUCCUCCUUUGCCACUGCAGGGAAACAGAAGCUCCUCCCCCGGCCAACCGCCCAUCAUGCCCUCCUUCCCGUCAGGAGCCGUUUCGUCACCGCCCGCUCAUUCGGCUCACGAGGGCAAGAGGUAUCCUUCCAACCUGCCGCCCAUCAGCGACGCCCGCAGCGUUCUAUUGGAAGCCAUCCGUAAAGGCAUUCAGUUGAGGAAGGUGGAGGAACAGCGAGAACAAGAAGCCAAACACAAGCGUGUAGGAAACGACGUGGCCACGAUCCUCUCGCGCCGCAUCGCUGUGGAGUACAGCGACUCGGAGGACGAAUCGGAGUUUGAUGAAGUCGACUGGAUGGAAUGAGGAUCACAUACGAGUUUAGGAAAAACAGCUGAGAUCUCGGUUCACCUUUACAGGUUAUUAGGAACAUCGAGUCUCUCAGUUGCAGUUUAAUUCAGGUAACAUCAAGACUGCAGAUGUCAGCGUGUGAUGUUCCCAGAAUGCUUUGCUUUAAUGUUCUUUUAAACCACACGUUCACUUGUGAGUGCAUGUGGUGAAUGAUAAUGUUUAUGUCAAUUUUCAUCUGUUUGACAUUUGUUUCGAAGUAAGAACGACAAAAGGGUUGUGGUAAUGUAAAGAGUUAAACAGCAGCGCCCUCUACUGUCCACUAAAGAAACUACACACGUGCAGUCUCUGAAUUGAACUGAUGCUUAUUAUAGCUGAAAUAUCAUUACAGUUUUACAUUUCAUGUCAUGAUGUUAUUAUAUGGCUGUGAUGGGGAAAAACGAAAGGAAGGAACUUUUUAAAAAGUCAGAUUACUAACAUAAGUGAAUCUCAGGAUGAAACUUGUCACGAAUGCGUCGUAAAAAAGAAAGAAUAAAAAUGAUAUUUGGCUUAAAGGAAAAGAAGCAUAUUUUAAAAACAUUCUGCAAAAAGAAUCAAAUCAUUUAAAUGCCAUUCAAAUUUACUAGACUGCCAUUUUACUGUGGCCUUGUCGCAGUAGUUUUAUUGUAAAAUGGACACAAAUUACAGUAAAGCAAAUUUGGAGAAAUUAACAUCACAGUGGUUAUAAAAUCAGGCCUGAUUUACUUUAUAAUCACACUUUAUUUUGAUACGUGACUGUGUAAUAUUGAGAUUCACGUAUUAAACCUUGUUAAACGUGUCUGUCGAUUGUAAUUUAUUCCAUUUCUGGAUUUUAAAAUGUUCGUCAAAACAUAUAAACAGACUUUGUGAGAUUUUAAGGCGAGCAAUCACACAAUGUCUUGGUACUGUAUGUUUAAUAGAAGAAGGUCAAGUCAUUUUUAAAGCUCACUGUCUGUCUGUGUGUUUUCUCUUUCAUGCCUUAUGGUUUGUAUAAACGUUGAGGAGUUGAAUGUAUUGUUCUCUUACUUCUGCCUGCAUUUCCCAGCAUUCGCUGUUUCUAUGUUGAAGACGAGGAAAAAAGAAACAGAAAUUAAAAUACUGUAUACCGUGUUAUGUAUGUUAACUGUUUACUGUAACAGUUUGCUUGAAUUAAUAAAAACUAAUGUUUAAGGUU